AUGGAGGUCUCACACCUACACUCGGAACCCUGGUCAUUCCUGGGCAACCUCUUUGGUCUCAUGGUCUCAAUGUGCUUGGCCAUCCUGGACUCGAUCAAUUAUGCUGCACGUGCGCUCGGUCCAUACCUCUGGGCUGCUUUAAAGUGGACUGAGCAUGUGCUCGCCGCUGCAGGAAACGCUUUACUUGCAGCAACAUUGGUCCUUCUACUGUGGUUCUCCAUCAUUUACUUGUGCUGCUUCACCAUCUUCAUGUUCUGCAGACUGCUUCGCCGACAUCAGAAGUAUCGAGACCGUGCUGAGCGCCAACCACUACUCCCGCGACCACGCAGACGUCAGCCCUCCUGGACACUAUCAAACUCAAGCAGCGAGAGACGACGAACACAUGACCAUCAGGCCUACAGGGACCUUUACCGAGUUGAAAUCGAUAGAAGACGUCAGGAUGUCUUGAGACGAGAACAACACAGAGCAAUCGAGACUCGCAGCCGACAAUAUCGUGAGCGAAGACUCAGAGAGGCACUCCAACAAUCCACGAGCACGCCUCUGUAUAGACAGCCCCAAACCAUCGUCAAUUGGUUGCAGGCCUCUUCCAACACCACAACCCUCACCCAUUAUCCGAGUUAUGGUACGCUUCCGACAAGGGGUGCUCAGUCACGCCCCGAACGACGCACAGAUCCGCCACCGCCGUACUCGCAGAAUCUGAAAGAUAAACCACCACGAUACUCAAGUCCCGGAAUCGUUUUGCCGCCCUCUUACGAUUAA